AUGACGAUUACUUGCGAGGUUUGCUCCUCUGAGCAAUCCAAAUAUCGAUGCCCUACCUGCGGGAUUUUGAGUUGCUCGCUCGGCUGCACACAAUCGCACAAGAUCUACUGCACGCCCAAACCACAAGAACAGACCCCGUCGAAUAACCACAACCCCCCUCAACCUGAAACAGACGCGAACGACCUCGUAACCUCAAUGAAGCAGAAUGACGAUCGUCCCGACCCAGCAGCAGUGCUCAAAUCACCAGACCUUGAACCUCUCCUCAGCCGAUAUCCGCAACUCCGUGCCCAAUUGCGUGAUAUUUACAAGACCACGUUAGAGAAAGAAUGGAUUGAGCUACAAUACAAACCUCAGACAGGUCGAGGCGGACGCGCGAAUUCAAGAGGGAGAGGCGGGUAUCGCAAUCGGGGACCUUGGACCCGGGAGAAGGGGUUUAAUCGGGGUCUAGGAAAAGUGAGGAAAUAUAGGGAUCAAUGCGAGGCUGGGUUGGAGAUUGGGAAUGACGCGGAAGGGUUCAUGCGAUUUGUUGCGUUGGUCAAUGAUAGUGGCAAUGGUGAUGAUCUGUCGCUGUCCCAGGAACCGGCAUGA